AUAGCUUGUAAAAUAAAGAUAAAAUUGCAGCAUUGGGUUUAUAAUAAGGAAGAGAAGCAGCAUCUGAUAAUUACAAAGAAAAAUGCUGAGGCAAUUUUCGAGAAGGAGAGCUUCUUACAGACGAUUAAAGCAUGUGCAGGAUAUAGACAACGCGAGGGAUCAGGGUGAAGCUGUUCCUAAAGGGUAUGUUCCAGUUAUGGUUGGGACGGAGGAGAAAGAUAGUGCAAAGUUUUUGAUCCACAUCGAUAUGUUCAAAAAUGAAUACUUUGCUGGAUUGCUUGAGAUGGUCGCUCAAGAGGUUGGCUAUGAAAACCCCGGCAUCCUUAGGAUCCCAUGCGAUGCAGAAUGUUUCAGAAACUUAAUGAACGAGAUUUCAAGGAUCAAAUAGUGCUACAGCUAGUUUUUUUUUUUUUUUUACCUUAAAUUCUUUUCCCCUUCAGCACUGUUUUUCUUUGUUGCCCUUACUUUGCAGUCUACAGUGAGUUUCUGGUUCGGGCAUUAAUAAAACAAAGACUUGAGACAGUCUUUUUUUCUCCUUUUAUUUACCAGCCGCACAAAAUCAUUACCAGGACUGAACCCAAGUCAUUAGAAUUAAGAUUUCACUACUCUUCGGUAAACAAUAUAUGAGCAAUUAGU